UGGGAUCUAUAGUGGCUCUGUGUUGAAUGGUCAGUUGCAGAGAGAAGGGGCAGCCCUUGAUUUAGGAGAAGCGUUUUAUGUGAAGCCGUGGCACUAAAGGAGGCUUUGCUAUUUUGGGUUAGUCAGUCAAAGAGUGUGUUCAGACAGCGGGAGACAGAUACGCGCGCGCACAGGCUCUCCAGACGGAGAUUGCGCUUACAGUCUCUUGAUACGCGCAACAGAUUUCUCCUUAGUGACAGAGGGAUAUGCGCUUUUGCUUUAAAUGCUAUUGCUUGACUUAUGCUUCUGCACACUGAUGUUUUUGCAAGACCUAUUUUUUGUCGCCGGAACCUUUAGAGAAGACGUUUUUCUUUCGGAUUGUGGAUGUUUGUGAGACCAUAACAACGCAUGUGAAGGACUGAGACAGCACAACAAAGGAAGCGACAAUCAUUCUGAGAGUAUAUUUUUGCAGUGCCUGACGGAACCCAACAUGGAGACCAGCAAGGGCACAGUACUCAGCGCCACUUUACUCAAACUUGCUCUGCUCAUGACAUUGGCAGGGUACACCACGGCUAAAACUCUGAAAUACCAAGUUUAUGAGGAGCAGAAGGUGGGUACUGUGAUAGCCAGACUUCGAGAAGAUGUCGCUGAUGUUUUGUCCAAACUUCCAAGCUCGAUUCCGUUACGAUUUAGAGCCAUGCAGCGGGGCAGCGCGUCGCUUCUUUCGGUGCGCGAUCAGGAUGGAGAGAUCAGCAUCAGGACCAAAAUAGACCGCGAGAAACUGUGUGAAAAGAAUCUCAACUGCACUAUCGAAUUUGACGUUCUCACUCUCCCCACGGAGCACCUACAGCUGUUUCAUAUUGAAGUGGAGAUUUUGGAUAUUAACGACAAUGCGCCACAGUUCGCGCGCCCCGUCAUUCCCAUAGAGAUCUCCGAAACCGCCGCCGUGGGGACGCGCAUUCCCCUUGACAGCGCCACCGAUCCAGACGUCGGGGAGAACUCACUGAACACAUACUCUCUGACCCCGUCUGACUUCUUUAAGAUUGACAUUCUAACCAGAACCGAUGGUGCUAAGUACGCAGAGCUCGUUGUGUUAAAAGAGCUGGAUAGAGAGGUGCGAGCGAGCUAUGAACUCCAGCUCACAGCCUCAGACAGGGGCGUUCCCCCAAAAUUUGGAACAACGCUCCUGAAAAUCAGCAUAGCUGACUCAAACGACAACAAUCCGGUGUUUGAAAAGCCAUCUUAUGUGAUCAACUUGCUUGAAAAUUCCCCUUUAGGCAGUUUGCUUAUUGAUCUGAACGCCACUGACCCAGAUGAAGGGACCAAUGGGAAAAUCAUAUACUCUUUCAGCAGUCACGUGUCACCUAAAAUUUUAGAGACCUUUAAGAUUAAUUCUGAUAAUGGUCAUUUGACACUGAUGAGGAAAGUUGACUUUGAAAUCACAAAUUCUUAUGACAUAGAUGUUCAAGCUCAAGACAUGGGCCCCAACUCAAUGCCAGCACACUGUAAAGUCAUAAUCAAAGUAGUGGACGUGAAUGACAACAAACCUGACAUCAGCGUCAAUUUGAUGUCCACUGGGAACGAGGAGAUAGCAUAUAUAUCAGAGACAGCUCCUGUAGAUACAUUCGUGGCUUUGGUGAGUGUAAAUGAUCUGGACUCUGGCUUGAAUGGAGAAGUGGAGUGCCGUCUCUAUGGCCAGGGUCAUUUCAGGCUGCAGAAGUCAUAUGAGAAGAACUACAUGAUCCUUACAAAUGUCACGCUGGAUAGGGAGAAGAGGUCAGAGUUCAGCCUGACUGUUAUAGCUGAAGACAAAGGAUCUCCAAGUCUAUCUACCAUCAAAAACUUUAUUGUGGAGGUCCAGGAUGAGAACGACAACGCUCCAAGUUUUGCAAAGAGCAGAUAUGAGAUUUCCAAGGCAGAGAACAACUCACCUGGAGCUUAUUUGUCAUCGGUGAAGGCCUCAGAUCCAGACCUGGGCCCAAAUGGACAAGUGAGCUACUCUAUACUUGAAAGCAUGGUCCAUGGUAGCUCCAUUUCCACUUAUGUCACCAUUGACCCCUCUAACGGAGACAUUUAUGCACUACGUACUUUUGAUCGUGAAGAUGUAAGUCAGAUCUCAUUUUUGGUCCAGGCCCGGGAUUCUGGAAGUCCUCCACUGCGUAGUAACGUGACUGUUGUGUUGACUGUCUUGGAUGAGAAUGACAACAGACCAGUCAUCAUGAUGCCUCAGCUGUGGAACCACACAGCUGAUGUUCCAGUAUCUAAAUAUGCAGAGAUUGGGGAUGUGGUAACUGUGGUCCGUGCAAUGGACCAUGAUGCUGGUGCUAAUGGUGACCUCUCCUGCUCUGUUGUAGGAGGAAAUGAGGCAGGUUACUUUAAUAUGGAUCCUAAAACAUGUGAAAUUCGGACUAACGUCAGUAUACAAGAUGUUCCACAGGAUCACGUGGAGCUGACCGUCCUCGUGCAGGACCAUGGAACCCCAACACUCAGUGCAAGAGCCCUACUGAGACUUUCGCUUUAUGAAAACAUCGAAAACCACAUGAAUCCUCAUCUGACAGGUGGAAGAAAUGGAGAUGGCCCUCUAGAUGUUUCAAUGAUCAUCAUCAUCUCCCUUGGGGCAAUUUGUGCUGUUCUGCUUCUUAUCAUGGUGGCCUUUGCCCUUCGCUGCUCACGUGAAAAGAAGGACACUCGCUCAUACAACUGCAGGGUGGCUGAGUCUACAUACCAGCAGCACCCUAAAAAGCCCUCACGACAGAUUCAUAAGGGUGACAUCACCCUGAUGCCAACCGUCAAUGGGACCCUCCCGAUCCGGGCACACCAUCGCUCGCCGACUUCUUCACCCGGACCAGAACGCACCCACAUGGGCAGUCGGCAGAGCCAACACAGUCGUCAAUCCCUGAACAGCCUGGUCACUAUUUCCUCCAAUCACAUCCCAGAGAACUUCGCCCUGGAACUUACACAUGCCACGCCCCCUGUAGAGCAAGUCUCACAGCUCCUCUCAAUACUCCAUCAGGGUCAGUAUCAGCCGAGGCCCAGCUUCAGAGGGAACAAAUACUCUCGCAGCUACAGGUACGCCCUCCAGGACAUGGAUAAGUUCAGUCUGAAAGAUAGUGGGCGUGGCGACAGUGAUGCGGGCGACAGCGACUGCGAGAUGGGCCGUGAUUCGCCCAUCGACCGGUUGCUAGGCGACGGCUUCGGAGACCUCUUCCACAGCGACGGACACCACCGUCUCCACCCAGCAGUCAUGAGAUUGUGUACGGAGGAGUGCCGCGUGUUGGGUCACUCUGACCAGUGCUGGAUGCCAUCUCAGGCGUCUUCGGAUUACCGUGCAAACAUGUUCAUCCCUGGAGAAGAGAGCAGGCCUCAGGUCCUUGAGGAGGACCAGCAGUCAGUGGACUCAGCUAAGAAGAGCUUUUCUACCUUUGGAAAGGACAACGAGGAGGAAUGUGGUGGCUCACUGCUGUCAGAAAUGAACAACGUCUUCCAGCGUCUCCUGCCAACUUCUUACGCUGAUGUCCGAGAGCUUGACGAAUGCACCAGCAAGCCUGCUUCCUCCAUCGGCAUGGAGAUCAGAAAGGGAUUCCUCCCGGGCAAGGCGUCAUCUACAGGCUCUGCCUACCCACAGGGAGUUGCCGUUUGGGCGGCAAAUACUCACUUUCAAAAUCCUGGCGGUGCCGUGACCAGCGGACACACCUCAACCAAUCAUGCGGCAUCGCAGGCACAUUUAAAAUGGCUGCCAGCGAUGGAGGAGAUCCCAGAGAACUAUGAAGAGGACGACUUGGAGAGCGUGCUCAGCCAAAGGCAGGGAAAACGCAAUGACACAAGACACGAAGUUGUCGACGCUAGUGAACUGGUUGCCGAAAUUAACAAAUUGCUUCAGGACGUACGCCAGAGCUAAAGAACAAUCGGUUAAAGAACAUUUCCCUAUCUCCUUCUUUUGCGUUCAUUCUGUUUUGGCAGAGCGAACUAAUCAUUUAAAGGAAGAGAAAGGGAGAGAGUUCAGCGCUGUAGCCUUGAUUGAGUCGCACGUGAGAACGUUUUGGUUAAUAUUGUUUACUAUUUUGGUCUUUUUUGUACACAUUGUGAUUGUAAACACCUUUUCGAUUAUUUUUUACUCCGUAUUUAUAUAUGUGUAUAUAUGUGUUUGUACAGAAAGCAAUACAAAUGUCUAUUUUUAUACAAUAUUUCAUUGCAUGUAUCUAAAAUUAAAUGAAGAUUUGUUUGUAUACUCGAAAAUGUUUGAGUGUGAGUGUGCUUGAGUGCGUGUAUGUGUGUGUGCAUAUGCAUACGAAAGGAUGUUUUAAUCGGUACAGAUUUCACAGUGUAUACAAACUAUUGUUGGUGGUCCAGUUCUCUGUUAUCAUUAUUGUGAACACCGAAAUACUCGCAACAGAAAUGGCUUUUUACAUGGAUUUUCCAUGAGUGACUGUGAAAUGUUUCUUGAGACCUUAUAAAGACUUUCUCCUUGUCAACAGACCUUUCUGUUACAAUUUUACAAAAAUGUUGCAUUAAAACAUACAUUUGGAAAUAUCUC